AAGAACUACCUGAUUUGUGUUUCGGGAUUUCAAAGCUCUGAAUCCGAUUUCUGAGGUUCUUCCUCCGGUAUUCCUUGUUGAAGUAUAUAGUCCAUAAUUCUAUCUGGGUAUUUGAUUGGAAUUCGAUGGGUUCGCUAGAGAAAGAAGCGCAAUUAAGCGUGGAAGAAUCCAAUGAAGCCAUCUUGUACGUUAACGGCGUUCGACAAGUGUUGCCGGAUGGAUUAGCUCACCUUACUCUCCUCGAAUAUCUCAGAGAUAUAGGUCUGACAGGGACAAAGUUAGGCUGUGGUGAGGGUGGUUGUGGGGCUUGCACAGUGAUGGUCUCUUAUUAUGAUCAACAGUUGAAGAGAUCUAUGCAUUCUGCAGUCAAUGCUUGCUUGGCUCCUCUAUAUUCUGUAGAAGGGAUGCAUAUAAUCACAGUGGAGGGAAUUGGGAAUCGUCGACAUGGUUUGCAUCCUGUUCAGGAAUCAUUAGCACGUGCUCAUGGCUCACAAUGUGGAUUUUGUACUCCUGGUUUUGUUAUGUCCAUGUAUGCAUUAUUGAGGUCAAGUCGAACACCACCAACUGAGGAGCAAAUUGAAGAAAGCCUUGCUGGAAACUUAUGCCGCUGCACUGGCUAUAGACCAAUUAUUGAUGCAUUUCGAGUUUUUGCCAAAACUGAAGAUGCUUUAUACACUAACAGUUCUUCAGAAAGCCUUCCAGGAGGUGAAAGUAUUUGCCCUUCAACUGGGAAGCCAUGUUCCUGUGGUUUGAAGGCUGUAAACUGUGAUGAUAAUAGUAAAGAAAGUACAAAUUUGGGUAAUAGAUACAAGCCUGUCUCAUAUAGUGAAACGGAUGGAAGCUCAUAUUAUGAGAAAGAGCUUAUUUUUCCCCCAGAGCUUUUGAUGAGGAAGCUGAGACCUUUAAAUUUGAGUGGGUUUGGUGGACUUAAGUGGUUCCAGCCCCUUGGACUUCAGCAGGUAUUAGAUUUGAAGUCAAAAUAUCCAGCUGCAAAAUUGGUGGUUGGUAACACUGAGGUAGGAAUUGAGAUGAAGCUGAAGAGAAUUCAGUACCGGGUCUUGAUUUCUGUAGCUCAUGUGCCUGAACUUAAUACUUUGAUGGUGAACAAUGAUGGAUUGGAGAUUGGGGCGGCUGUAAAAUUGACGGAACUUGUUGAAGUUCUUAAAAAAGUUGUGACUGAGCGUGCUUCACAUGAGACUUCAUCUUGCAAGGCUUUUAUUGAACAAAUAAAAUGGUUUGCUGGCAAACAGAUUAAAAAUGUGGCAUCUGUUGGUGGAAAUAUCUGUACUGCUAGUCCAAUAUCAGACUUGAACCCUCUUUGGAUGGCUGCAGGAGCGAAGUUUCGAAUUGUUGAUGGCAAACGUAACAUUAGAACUACUCCAGCAGAAAAUUUUUUCUUGGGUUACCGCAAGGUGGAUCUGGCAAGUGGUGAAAUUUUACUCUCAAUUUUUUUGCCUUGGACUCGGCCUUUUGAGUACGUGAAAGAAUUUAAGCAGUCCCACCGAAGGGAUGAUGAUAUUGCAAUUGUAAAUGCUGGAAUGCGUGUUCUCCUCGAAAAGAAUAAUGAACAGUGGCUGGUGGCAAAUGCAUCUAUUAUUUAUGGUGGAGUGGCUCCUGUUUCUCUUUCUGCGUCAAAAACCAAAGAUUUUCUAAUGGGGAAAUGUUGGGAUCAGGAACUAUUGCAGGGUGCUUUGAGAACAUUGGAAGAGGACAUUGUUCUCAAGGUAGAUGCACCAGGAGGGAUGGUGGAGUUCCGCAAAUCUUUGACAUUAAGUUUUUUCUUCAAAUUUUUCCUGGGGGUUUCUUAUCAAAUCAAUGAGGAACAAUACUUCAAGAAAAUCCUGCCACAGUCUCAUCUAUCUGCCAUAAAACCUUUCCACAGACCAUCAUCUACCGGAAGUCAGAAUUAUGAAAUCACAAAACAAGGGACAGCUGUAGGGUUGCCUGAGGUUCAUCUCUCUUCAAGACUUCAGGUUACAGGGGAGGCUGAAUAUGCUGAUGACACACCUAUGCCUCCUAAUGGUCUACAUGCUGCUUUUGUAUUGAGUAGAAAGCCUCAUGCUCGCAUCCUAUCCAUAGAUGAUUCGGAAGCCAAGUCUUCACCUGGUUUUGAGGGUUUGUUUCUUCAUAAGGAUGUACCUGGUGCUAAUAAGAUUGGACCAGUUGUUGAUGAUGAGGAGCUUUUUGCUUCAGAAUUUGUAACUUGCGUAGGUCAGGUUAUAGGGGUAGUGGUUGCUGAUACCCAUGAAAAUGCAAAAUUAGCUGCAGGAAAGGUCCAUAUCAAGUAUGAGGAACUCUCUGCAAUUUUAUCCAUAAAGGAUGCCAUUAAAUCUAACAGUUACCAUCCUAAUACUGAGAAAAUUUUGGAGAAAGGGGAUGUGGAACAUUGUUUUCAGUCAGGUGCAUGUGACAAAAUUAUAGUAGGGGAAGUUCAAGUAGGAGGACAGGAGCAUUUCUAUUUGGAGACAAAUAGCAGUCUGAUAUGGACAACGGAUGGUGGCAAUGAAGUUCAUAUGAUUUCCUCCACUCAAGCUCCUCAGAAACACCAGAAAUAUGUUUGUCGUGUUCUUGGUCUUCCAAUGUCGAAAGUUGUUUGCAAGACGAAGCGAAUUGGUGGUGGAUUUGGUGGGAAGGAAACCAGGUCAGCCUUCAUUGCUGCUGUGGCUUCUGUGCCAUCAUAUCUUUUGAAUCGGCCUGUAAAAGUAACAUUAGACAGGGAUAUAGACAUGAUGAUAUCUGGGCAACGACAUAGCUUUCUUGGAAAGUACAAGGUUGGAUUCACGAGUGAAGGGAAGGUUCUGGCUUUGGAUCUUGAAAUCUACAAUAAUGCCGGAAAUUCACUAGACCUGUCUCUGGCAGUCCUUGAGCGUGCUAUGUUUCACUCAGAUAAUGUCUAUGAGAUACCAAAUAUCAGAAUCAAGGGAAAAGUUUGCUAUACUAAUUUCCCUAGUCACACAGCUUUUCGGGGAUUUGGUGGGCCUCAAGGCAUGCUUAUUACAGAAAACUGGAUCCAAAGAAUAGCCGUGGAGCUUAAGAAGAGCGUUGAAGAGAUAAGGGAGAUUAAUUUUCAAAGAGAAGGUUAUAUUUUGCAUUAUGGUCAACAAAUUGAGCACAGCACACUGGCCCAAGUGUGGAAUGAAUUGAAAUCAUCUUGUGAGUUUUUAAAGGCCCGGGAGGAAGUUGACCAAUUUAAUCUGCACAAUCGGUGGAGGAAGCGGGGAGUUGCUAUGGUUCCAACAAAAUUUGGCAUUUCCUUCACAACGAAGUUCAUGAAUCAGGCUGGUGCUCUUGUGCAAGUUUACACUGAUGGAACUGUUUUAGUAACCCAUGGGGGUGUCGAGAUGGGACAAGGUCUACACACGAAGGUUGCUCAGAUUGCUGCUUCAUCCUUCAAUAUUCCUCUCAGUUCUGUAUUUAUAUCAGAGACAAGUACUGACAAGGUCCCCAAUGCAUCACCAACGGCAGCUUCUGCCAGUUCUGAUAUGUAUGGAGCGGCAGUUUUGGAUGCUUGUGAGCAGAUUAAAGCACGGAUGGAACCUGUUGCAUCUAGACAUAAGCACAAUUCUUUUGCUGAGCUUGUUAUUGCAUGCUACAUGGAGAGGAUAGACCUUUCUGCACAUGGAUUCUACAUUACACCUGAGAUUGGGUUUGAUUGGAAAACUGGUAAAGGAAUCCCAUUCAGGUACUUCACCUAUGGCGCUGCAUUUACCGAGGUCGAAAUUGACACUUUGACUGGAGAUUUUUACACAAGAAGAGCAGAUGUUUUGAUGGAUCUUGGAUUUUCUCUGAAUCCAGCCAUUGAUGUGGGACAGAUUGAAGGGGGCUUUGUACAAGGUUUGGGUUGGGUUGCCUUGGAAGAGCUAAAAUGGGGAGAUGCAGAGCAUAAGUGGAUUCCACCUGGCCAUUUAUAUACCUGUGGACCUGGAAGUUACAAAAUUCCUUCUGUUAAUGAUAUCCCUCUCAAAUUCAAUGUGUCACUUCUCAAGGAUGCCCCUAAUGCGAAGGCCAUUCAUUCAUCUAAAGCUGUGGGAGAGCCUCCAUUCUUUCUUGCCUCAUCGGUUCUCUUUGCCAUUAAAGAUGCGAUCAUAGCUGCAAGAGCAGAGGUGGGUUCUAAUGAUUGGUUUCCACUUGAUAAUCCGGCAACUCCUGAGCGGAUUCGGAUGGCUUGUAUAGAUAAUUUGACUGAGGGAUUUGUGAGGUCAGAUUUCCACCCGAAACUUAGUGUGUAGUGCAUUUUAUUGUUGGCUUCUGAUUGUUCCUUUAUUAAAAUCCCACUUCCGGAUACUUCAAAUUUGUACAUAUUUUGUAAUUAUACAAAUGAUCUUUGU